AUGAUAAUCAGAGCCUACACAGCGGUGAGAUACGCCACAAGAUCCAGAUGUUCAACAGCACAAACAUACAAGCAGAUGAGAAACAUACAACAGUCAGCAUAUAGACUUACCUCCUCAGUUGCGGCUGUCGCCUCUAAACCCGCAUUCUCAGCAGUCCAGCCUGUUACCAACUUUGCAGAGAAAAUAGCCAAUCGUCCAGUUUUCGACAAGUCUAACAAACCUAUCGAAGUAACAAAGUCCCCUGAUCCAUCCUGGACAUAUGGAGACGGUGUUCGCACUGGAGAGAUACCCGCCAUCAACAAAAUCCACAAAGAAAUCGACCCCUACUCUCCUGAUAGAUCCGUCAGCCAGAACUAUCGUCUUUUGAUAUCUGGCAUCGCCCCUCGCCCAAUUGGUUUUAUCAGCACUGUUUCCGAAGAUGGGAAAACAAAGAAUCUUGCGCCGUUUAGUUAUUUUCAAAUGGUUGACCAUGAUCCGCCAAUGUUUAUGGUUAGCUUUUCGUCUCGACAUGGCCGUAUAAAGGAUACAUAUCAGAACAUGAAAGAUACCAAAGAAUGUGUCAUAAACACUGUUUCUGAAAACAUGAUAGAAGCUGUCAAUUCUUCUUCAAUUGAUGCUCCUUAUGGGAUUUCAGAGUGGGAUAUCACUGGUUUGACUGAAGGUGAAACGACGACAGUGAAACCUUCACGAGUUAAAGAGUCGGUACUUUCUAUCGAGGGAAAAGUUGUGGAUAUCAAGGAAUUUGAAGGACAUAAGCCAGGCAUGAGUGGGUCCGCCAUCUUUCUGGUAGAGGCAACGAGGCUCUGGGUUCAGGAAGACGCAGCGAAUGAGGAUUUCAGUCAUAUUGAACUUGACAAGCUAAGACCAAUUGCACAGCUUGGUGGAAUGUCUUAUGGGCGAGUAACGUCUAUUUUUGAACUUCCUCGCACUCGAUGGGUGGAUGAGCAGCCGAAGAGCGAGUUCUUGUCUGAUUUGGAGGUUCAAAGAUCGGAUAGAUAA